UUAACCAUGCCUCCCAGUCAACAAAAAGGGGCAGCGAAAAAGACUGGACCAAAGAAGGGAGGGAAAAAAAAGACACACGAUCCUUUCACAAAAAAGGAAUGGUAUGAUAUCCGGGCUCCUAUUAUGUUUAGUAAGAGGACAUGUGCCCGAACGCUCGUAACGCGAACACAAGGCACCAGGAUAGCUAGUGAUGCCCUCAAAAAAAGAGUUGUGCUGAUGAGCCUGGGCGAUUUAAUGGCCAAGAACGAUGAAUCUUUUCGAAAGUUUAAACUACAGGUUGAAGAUGUCCAGGGCCGUCAUUGCCUCACUAAUUUUUACGGAAUGACUCUUACGAGGGAUAAGCUAUGCUCUCUCGUGAAAAAGUGGCAGUCUACCAUCGAGGUCCAUGCAGAUGUAAAGACUACGGAUGGCUACCUGUUGAGGUUUUUCAUUAUCGCUUUUACGAAGAAGCAAAAUGCUCUGAGCACUCCACGAACGUAUGCCCAAGCGAGCCGCAUAAAACGAAUACGAGCCCGGAUGGUUGAGGUCAUUAAUCGUGAAGUCGCCACAUGUGACCUAAAAGGUGUUGUUGAGAAAUUAAUUCCUGAUUCAAUAGGUAGUGAUUGCCGUAAAGCAGGGAGCAAGCUCUAUCCACUCAGCGAUGCAUUAGUUCGUAAAGUUAAGGUCCUAAAAAAACCCAAACUUGACAGUAAUUGGCAGACUCAUGGAACUGCAUGGCGAGGGAAAAAAUGA